UUCAAUUUAAUUUCUAAUAAUUUCUUGCUGCCUAGCGACCAGCGUUUGAGUGUCCAAAAGAAGCCCACAUAGCCAUUGUUGGAGAUAAACUGAUAAAACUGCAGGUGAAAAACUGAAAAGAAGGGUUGAAAAGGAAAAGAAAAACACAUCCAGAGUAGAAAGAGAAUCAAACAUGGCGACCUUCUGCUUCAGCCCGGGCAGAAGCACAGCAGUCGUGGCGCUCGCAAGAGAAACUGGUAAACAGAAAAGCAGCAGCAAUAGCAUCGAGCGAGUUGACUUGACGGAAAAAGUGAAGAAUUCGCGGGUUCUGAUACUCGGCGGAACCGGAAGAGUCGGAGGCUCUACCGCCCUUUCCCUGUCCAGAUUCUGCCCCGAUCUUCGGAUCGUCAUUGGUGGUCGGAACAGGGAUAAAGGUGCUGCAAUGGUGAACAAAUUAGGCAACAAUUCUGAAUUCUCAGAAGUCGACAUCAACGACAGUAAAUCACUGGAAGCAGCUCUAAAGGAUGUGGAUCUCGUGGUUCAUACUGCUGGGCCGUUUCAGCAGGCCAAUGAGUGCAACGUUCUUGAAGCCGCUAUCCAGAACAAGACAGCGUACCUCGAUGUCUGUGAUGAUACAACUUUUGCAAUGCGUGCAAAAUCGUACAUGAAGAAGGCAAUGGAUGCAAAUGUUCCAGCUAUAACAACUGGAGGAAUCUAUCCUGGAGUGAGCAACGUGAUGGCAGCAGAGCUGGUUCGUGCAGCUAAAAGUGAAGGCAAAGGUGAACCAAAGAGGCUGAGGUUCUAUUAUUACACUGCUGGCUCAGGUGGUGCUGGCCCAACAAUAUUAUCAACUAGCUUUUUACUUCUUGGAGAGGAAGUCAUUGCAUAUAGUCAAGGAGAGAAAAUUAAGCUGAAACCUUAUAGUGGAAUGCUCAGCAUUGAUUUUGGAGAAGGAAUUGGGAAAAGGGAUGUUUUCCUCUUGAAUUUGCCUGAGGUGAGGAGCAUCCAUGAGGUCCUAGGAAUCCCAACUGUCAGUGCACGGUUUGGAACUUCACCUUUUUUUUGGAACUGGGGAAUGGCAGCCAUGACAUAUUUGUUUCCAGCUGAAACCCUGAGAGAUAGAAGUAAAGUUCAACAAUUAGUUGAAUUGUUCGACCCGUUAGUUAGGGCAGUUGAUGGAUUUGCUGGAGAGAAGGUGUCAAUGAGGGUCGAUUUGGAUUUUUCAGAUGGGCGGUCCAGGGUAGGAAUAUUCAGCCACAAAAAACUAUCUGUUUCGGUUGGAAUUUCAACGGCUGCAUUUGCUUUGGCCAUUUUGGAAGGAAACACACAGCCUGGAGUUUGGUUCCCAGAGGAGACCCAAGGUAUUGCGGUCGACGCAAGAGAAACUCUUCUUGGCCGUGCAGCCCAAGGAACAUUCAAUUUCGUCAUGAAUAGAGCUCCAUGGAUGGUCGAGACGAAUCCAAAAGAGAUAGGUUUCGGAAUAUACGAUUACUGAAAUUAGUUUUGUCGCAAGACUCAAACCGGAGCAUGUUCAGCAAACGAUUACAACUAAGUCGAGCUGAACAAGGAUUUUUUACGUGGAAUUCUGAACUCAAGCCCACAAAAGCGCUUAGGGCAACUCGACAUUUUGUUCAUUUAUUAAACCGUUAUAUGUAAAAAAAAAAAAAAAAGAAAAAGAAACGGCCGUAUAAACGGACCUACUGCAACUCACACGCACCUGAAGAGAUUCAAAUACCACUAGGCUUAGAUUUCAUGUACAAUAAUGAUUAUGUCUAUUGGGUCAUUCUACUAUUAGGUACAUGUCUUGUACAUACAUGGCAAUAGGUACUCCUUUAAAUUUUGACACGCGUUCUUUUACCUAACUAAAUAAUUUAAAAAACGCGGUUUAUCUAAUUACCUAGCUGGUCUGGCAUAAUGGUGUUAAAGGUAAGUUUUCAGUUAAAUUUGUUUACAACUUGUUUAUUCAGCAUGAAAAGAGGAUUCUAGACAAGCCUGAGCAGAAGAGCUGUCUGUGGCUGUUUGUUUUGAGCAGAAGAGCUGAACUCUUCAUUGUUUCCUUUUAAUUUUGCUGUAUGGUGUUGUUUCUUGGUUGUUUGUUGCCACAAUUUUGUUAGGCCUUUGUUGUGUUUUCUUGUGUUGGUGUUCCAACUGGUAGUAAGUGUAAUUCCAGUUUGGUCUUUGUACUACAGAUUCUUUU